AUGGCGCUGAGUAGUAAUAACAAAGCGGACACAUCCGUGUCACAGCUUUUGGCUUCGUUCAUCCCUACCUUUGUGCUCUUUGUGAUUUUUGUUGCAUUGUUUAUAAUUUUGAGGAAGAAGCAAAGAAGAGUUUAUGAACCACGUUACAUCGUUGAGACCCAGCCUAAGGAUAUUAGACCAGACGAAAGUCCCAGUGGUCCUUUUGGUUGGAUCACUCACUUGCUCAAGAAACCAGAAGCUUUCAUCGUCCAGUGCUGCGGUCCCGAUGGCUACUUUUUCUUGCGGUAUACUUUUAAUUUCGCUGUCGUUUCGUUAUUAGGUUGUAUCAUCACCUGGCCAAUUCUUUUCCCCAUCAACAUUGCUAAUGGUAAGUCUGACCCUGGAGUUCAAGGACUCAAUAUGUUGUCAUUUGCUCACGUCAAGGAUAAAUGGAGAUAUUUUGCUCAUGUAUUCCUUUCAUGGGUCUUCUUUGGAUUAGUUAUCUUCUUGAUUUACCGUGAAUUGGUUUAUUACACUACAUUCAGACAUGUGGUGCAAACAACUCCAUUGUACGACUCCUUACUUUCUUCGAGAACGUUGUUGUUGACUGAGGUACCAGAAGCUUUGUUAAAAGAAGGAGAGUUAAGGGAUCACUUUCCAACUUCUACUAACAUUUGGUACGCACGGGAUUACACUGAGUUGGAAAAGAAGGUCAUUGAAAGAAGGAAACUAUCUGGAAAGUACGAAGGCGCUUUAAAUAAAGUUUUGGCCAAAGCCACAAAGUUGAGAGCCAAGGCUGUGAAGAAAAACAAGCCAGUACCCGAGCCCGCUGAUGAUUUGAACAAGUACCUCAAGGAUGGCAAGAAGAGACCAACUCACAAGUUGAAAUUCUUGAUUGGAAAGAAAGUUGACACUUUGGAUUAUGGUGUUGAAAGAUUGGGUGAAUUGAACAAAGAAAUCAAAAAGGAUCAAUUGCAACACACUACGAACGACCAGCUUCCUGCAGUUUUCAUGGAGUUCCCUACUCAACUUGAAUUGCAAAAGGCCUAUCAAGCCAUUCCUUACCACGCUGAUUUUAAAAAAUCGAGAAGAUACACUGGACUUACCCCGGAUGACAUUAUUUGGGAGAAUUUGAGUUUGACAAAGACCAAAAGACGUACCAAAAAGCUUAUUGCCACAACCGUUUUGACGUUGAUGAUCAUUUUCUGGUGUAUUCCAGUGGCUGUGGUUGGUGCUAUCUCUAACAUUAACAAUCUUACAGAGAAGGUUCACUUUUUGAGAUUCAUUAACAACAUGCCAGAGAAAAUCAUGGGUAUUAUUACCGGACUUCUUCCAGUUGUUGCAUUGGCGAUUUUGAUGUCAUUAGUACCACCAUUCAUCAAGAAGAUGGGUAAGGUGAGCGGCUGUAUUACAAUUCAAGAGGUUGAAUCAUACUGUCAAAGUUGGUUUUUUGCUUUCCAGGUUGUGAAUGCGUUCUUGGUCGUUACGUUGACUUCGGCUGCCGCAAGCUCGGUCAUCACUGUCAUCAACAACCCAUCAUCAGCAUUGACCCUUUUGGGCACUAAAUUGCCUGCUGCUUCCAACUUCUACUUAUCCUACUACUGUUUACAAGGUCUUACUGUCCCAGCUGGAUUAUUAUUGCAGAUUGUGGCUUUGAUUCUUGCACAAUUCUUAGGAAAACUUUUGGAUGGUACUCCAAGAGCUAAAUGGAACAGAUGGAAUACACUUGGACAGCCUUUCUGGUCGACCAUGUAUCCUGCUCAACAGUAUAUGGUUGUGAUUUUGCUUGCUUAUGCCAUGAUCGCCCCACUCAUUCUUGGAUUUGCUGCUAUCGCUCUUUUCCUCAUUUACAUUGCUUACAACUACAUGUUGACUUAUGUGAUGCAACCAAACAAGACUGAUGCUCGUGGUAGAAACUAUCCAAGCGGAUUGUUACAGACUUUUGUUGCCGUGUACUUGGCCGAAGUGGUAUUGACCGCUAUGUUCGUUUUCACCAAGAACUGGGCUUGUGUUGCAUUGGAAGGUGUCUUUAUUUUAUUCACUGCGCUUUGCCAUAUCUACUUCAAGAGAAAGUUCAUCCCAUUAUGGUCAACUGUUCCAAUUUCGGCCCUCAAGUAUGCAAGCGGUGACCACACUUAUCAAUAUCCUAUGCACGAUCAAGGUUUGAAGGAAAUUAGGAGCGAAGGUGAAAACUACUGGCAAGGAGGAAAUCAAUUGGGUAUUUCUGGUUCCCACAAAGAUCAAGUGAGACAAAAUUUGAAACCUCCAGGAACUCUUGGCGAAGGUGCCGACUCGACUGUUUUGGGUUCAGGCGACUCUAAGUACACCUCUGACUCCAAGCAGCCAAUCAAUGACAAGAGCCAAAGUGACAUCGAUGAGAAGGUUCCAGCUGAUGCUCACGACAGUGUGGCGGCUGAACACCCAGGUAACACUGGCGUGGCUACCAAGCCCACGUCGUGGUUGACCAGAUUCUUCAAGCCAAAGACCCAGACAUUUGACUCCAUUAGAAAGAGCAUGCCAGCGAGCUACUUCAACUACAUUGAGUACAACCCAGAUUUCAUUAGAACAGCAUACGAAGACCCUUGUGUCAAAGACGAAGAACCACAUAUCUGGAUUGUUCGUGAUGAGAUGGGAUUGUCUGAAAUCGAAAAGAACAAAGCUUUAGAGAAUGGUGUCGAUGUUACUGAUGAAGCUGCCAAGUUUGACGAGAAGAACAAUAUCGUUUACACUGGUCCACCUCCUUCAUACGAAGAAGCGUUGAAGCUUUAA